AGGUUGCGGCCAUCUUUGUUGUUUCUGUUUAUAGUCAAGUAGUAACUUUGAUCAUUUCUGAUUUUAAAAUUCAAAUAGCGUAAUGAAGUAACCAAAAAACAAUGGUGUGAUUAGUUCAACAGCAAUUGUAUUAUCUUCCAGCCUCGAUAUUAGUUUCAAAGUUUUCCUAAAGACAAUGAAUUUUUAACCAAAAUAACAAAUGCAAUCCAAACGAAAAUGAAGAGUGUCGCGGUAAUUUUAAGUCUGCUGAUGGUAAUUGAAGCGGAUGCAAUUGGAAUUUGUCCGGUCAAAUGCACUUGUCGUCCUGUCAGCCAGAACGGCCAGAAUGUAAACGGAUUGAAAGUGAAAUGUGGCGGAAAUCCACUGGCCAAAUUGACGAGCAUUAAGGAUAUCGGUUUUGACGACAUCCGAUGUGAUAUCGUGAAUUUAGAUCUAAGCAAAAAUCUUAUAACAACGAUUGAACCGACUGAUUUUGCAAAUUUUACGAGCCUAAAGAAAUUAGAUUUGAGUGAAAAUUCGUUACGGAAAAUCGACUCUUCCAGCUUUGGUGAAAUAUUGGCACUGGAAAAGUUGAAAUUGUCAUACAAUCUGAUAGUGCACAUAUUCCAAGGUGCCUUCGAGAAGAUGCCGAUGUUGAAACAAUUAAAUAUAUCCGGAAACGCAUUAGCUUGCGACUGUGAUCUCUUAUGGCUGAUACCAUGGUCUGCAAAUAACAAAGUCAAAUUGGUGCCAGCGCCUCAAUGUGAAACACCAUUGCCAUUCAAUGGGCAGCUGUUGAAAAAAUUAAAAAUUGGAACCGAUUUGCAUUGUGAGUCACCAUUACAGCCGUUGUUGGAACUGAAACCCGAUCAGGAUCAGCUCGUUUUCGAGGGUGACUCAUUCACCUUACGGUGUCGCGCACCUCGGGUGGCUGUCGGUGCCACUCAUGAAUCGGAAGACGUUCCGACACGAGCGCACGUGUUCUGGGGAUAUUCGGAAAAAAUUCUCGAUCCAAAUUCCACCGAAGACAUUGUCUACCACGACCCGAAGAAAAUUUUCCCAUCGAUCGAAAUAAUCGAUGCUCGCCAUUUAACGGAUAGUGGACUGCUGGACUCGAUACUGCGAAUUCCGUAUUCGACACGAAACCAUUCGGGCACAUGGGAUUGUCGAUUACGUUCGCAACAGGCGAAUCUGUCGCGUAGCAUUGCCGUGAUGAUCAUCUCCGAAUCAACGAAAUACUGUCCGGCCUAUAUGACAUCCGAUAACAAGGGCAAAUAUUCUUGGCCACGGACCGUUCGUGGAAAAACCGUACGGUUGACAUGCGCUCGAGACGGUGCUCCAAAUGUGUACGGAACGAAUUAUUGUAGCAGUACCGGUGAAUGGACCAACUUGGAUACGUCGCAAUGUCCGUAUGUUCGGGAAACAACGCGAAUUUUGGAGCAAUUUUCAAAAGUCAAUUUGUCGAUAGCUCGGGGCAGUGUACUGGAAAGUGCGAAGAGACUUCGAAACUACACCACUUUAGAUCUGAAUGGACAUAGAUUCAACGAUCCAAUGGAUGUGGUUUAUAUUGCAAAGACAAUAACAAACUACCUAGACUUUGUGGUGCAGGAAAAGGAUCUGGGUUCCAUGUUAUUAGACAUUGUAUCUCAGGUUAUGGGCUUCAGCACACAAUUACUACAAGCUGCCCAAUACAUUGACAGUUCGUGUACGAAAUUGAUAACCGCUGCUGAACAGGCAGCCGCAUACACACCACCAGCUCAGACUCAGAAAACAAACUUGGCAAUUGAAAUUUUCAAAAUUCGUAUGGAUAGCUUUUCGGGACUGACAUGUACGUGGUUUCAGUCAGACAACGCAAUCAAUGGUGAUAAGAGAACAUUUCAAUGUAGCACGGUCAACAACGGCGAAGGAAUCGGAAUCCAUGAGAGACACAUCGAAGCGAUAAUUCAAAUUCCGUCGAAUUUGGUAACGCCAAUCAACAGUCAGUCGUUGUCCUCACAACAAUUACAAGUGUCCGUCUACGAAGACAGCAAUCUAUUUCCGCAAAAUCGUAACCAAUCGGCGAUGGAAGUUACGUCAUGUGUGAUCGGAGCUAAAUUACUGAACAAACCCAUCGGUAAUCUGUCCGAACCGAUUUUCAUCAUGCUACGUGCAGCCCCGUUCCAUCAUAAGAUUAGUACACCUCAUCUGGUCUGGUGGGAUCCGGAAUUGAAUAGUGGCGUUGGUGGAUGGUCACCACAAGGUUGUCAUUUUGCUCAGUUGCAUCAAGGAUUGUGGGUUUUCUCAUGCUAUCGACUGGGCUACUACGGCCUGCAACAGAACACAAAGUACAUCAAUGACUUCCCGGAAGAAUUAGCCGGUGCACGGUUUCGAUUUUCGCCGCCGGCAUUCUAUUUCGGAGGCAUUGUGCUAUUCGGAUGCACAUGGAUUAACAUUGUCACAUACAUGGCAUACGGGAAUUCAAUUCAAAUGGCCAGACGCACAAAACACUCGUUGAUUAACACAUGGCUGGCGAUGUCGUUACUAUGUUUCGUGUUUACAAUCGGUAUUUAUCAAACGGAAGAUUACCGCACAUGUCAAGGCAUCGGAGUUAGCAUUCAUUACUUUAGCUUGUGCGUUAUUCUAUGGAUAUGUGUGUGCGUGAGCAAUAUGUACAAACGGAUAUCAAGACACGAUCGCAAUAUUUCGCUGCCAUCGGAGGAUUUACCGAAGAACAUUGGCCAGAAACCAAUACUGGGACUGUAUUUGGUUGGAUGGGGAAUUGCGCUGAUUAUCUGUGGCAUAAGUGGUUCAGUCAACAUUCGAGAAUAUGCAUCUUAUUCUUACUGUUUCCUCAAAUCCGGACCAGCUCUGAGUGCCGUCUUUGUGCCAGCGGUAAUUUUAAUUGCAUUCCUCGCAAUCUUAUUCGUGUGCAUCAAAUGUAGCAUCAGUACGCCCGAAGAUAUUGGUCAUAUGUCUGAGGGUACUCAGGCAACCGAAAAUGUUGACUUGGAUUUGCUGGAACCGAAUUUAAAUGGACACGGCGAUCGGUAUCGUAGCAUAAGUAUCGCAGCAUUGAGCACACCGACCACGAGUACGGCUGAGGAUUUGGAGCACACCAAUGGUGCUCAACUCAAGGCCCACAUUAUUGUGCUUUUCCUGUACAUCGUCACCUGGCUAUUUGCAUCAAUUAGUGUGGCUACACCGUUUUCCGAUCGGAUACUCUAUGAGGAAGAACUGUUCAGCAUCAUCUAUGCGAUCGCUGCAUCGUUUCUCGGUAUUUUCAAUUUGUUCUUUUACUGCAUUGCUAGAAGUGAUGUGCGCUUGCAAUGGAGCAUGUUAAGCUGCAAAAAUUUCAGCAAAAAGCAAUGUUGCCGCUCACGAAGCGUGUCGGACAGCAAGGAGCACAAUAAUAUUCCACCGGUUGUGUACCAUCAAGCUACCGCAACGCUGCAUUCAAUAUCCCGGUCAAAUAGUCAAAGUUCCAAAAACCAUGCGCCCAGUAACAGUAACAUUUUGAAAGGAGCCGUUGAUCUCAACCUGCACACAUUGAACCGCAACGAAAGUCCGAAUGGUCAUCAUCAUAAAAUGAACGGAAACGUGAAUCUGGUUCUAUUGCAUCGACAACAAUUCUUGCACAAUUCGGUGUCGCAAUCCGGUUCCGAGUCGGCAGACGUAUUUUACAAUCCGAAUCAAAUCAACGUGGCGAGAAAGUUCUUCAAGAAGCAGAAACGUCUCCAGAAACGAAACAAUUUCGAAAUUCAUCAUCGAUAUCGGGAUAAUAACGACUGUAUGAGUGAAGUGUCGUCAAUGGUAUCAAUUCCACGCCGUGCUCAGCCAUCGGGGCUGUCGAUUUUUUCGUCCGGUGCGAGUAAAGUCAACAAUACGAACAUUCAUUUGGACAAGAAAAAUCUGGUCGACAAUAUGUUCCACAAAGAAUCGCGCCAGCAAAACCUGAAUCCAAACAUUCUUUCCGACAGCUGCAAUGAAAGCGAUUUGAUUGUCGAUGCAGAAAGAUUUGUUCUUGGUGCCGAAGGACUUCGAGCAUUAACCGCUAAUCGUACAAAAGUGAACAACACUCCGAUGGUCGCUAAUAUUUACACAAAUGUUCCUGAAACGUUACAGCCACAGCAUGAAAUUGUGACGAUGCGAGCCGAUGAUAAGUAUAAAAAGUUUAUAAAUGAGGAGGAUGAGCGCAGCAUCAACGAAGAUAGUGUACCUAACGAUCGAGACAGUGUUUCCAGUCAAGAGAAACCGGAGGCGCCUCAUUACGUCAAUGAAGAAUUUCAAAAGUUUAAUCAAUCCGAACAAAGUUCCCCAGUUAAGUCAUGCCUAGAGUUCGAUUCGACAGCAAUGGUCUUAUCACUAAACAGUCCAAUACAAGCAAUGAACACGAUAGGAUUGCCAACAGUAGCUUCUGCUGAACGACUUCCAUUGGAACACGACAAAGGAAAAAAUUCGGACGAAGACGAUUUGCACUUGAACAAAAACGAGGAGUACAUAUCGCCACCGUUGGAAAUCACAUGCAUAGUUCCACCGAAGUCACAUAUUAAAUCAAAGUCUCUUAGUGAUUUGUCAAGACCUGCCGAAUCCACUUGUCCACUGUAUGAGCAACAAGCCAGAAGUAUUUCAUGCACCCAAUUGGCCCGAACACCACUCUACGCAGAUGAGUACAGUUCAUCGGACAAUCUUCCUCGACAUCAAGAUGCUUCAACACGCAUUUUGUCGUCGCCAAUUUUAUUUUCUCCCAGUUUAUGCGACAUAAACGACAUACCAUCACCAUCGUCACAUCACCAAAAAACAUUUCAACAACGAAAAAUCCAACUGGAAAGCACACCCGUUGGCAGUGAAUCGAAUCUGUUCAGUCCGGACAAAAUAUUCAAUCCAAUCCGACGGAAUUUCGCAUCGAGUCCGACCAGUGAAAGCGACAUAAAUUAUCAAAAUUCCGAAAUUAGCAUACGCAGUCACGAAUUGUAUGCACCCCAGCAUGACGAUGUGCUGAACAUCACAUUAAUCGGUGAAGAAACCCAUUUCCCCUAUGAAUCAUCUGAAGUCAGUGAUAUGGACGAUCAGGAUGACAUCGAUGACGACGACGAUGACUACAACAAUUGUUCGAAUGAUUGUUUGCUCAGUCCGCGAGACCGGUGCCAUGGAGACAAUGACGAUGAAAACGAUGAUAUGGAAGACGAUGCGCUGAACGAAAGCCAUUCAUCGAUUUCGAUCGAUGAAUUGUACCAACAGAUUACGAGGAGGCCGAUCAACGAGGUGCGCGCGAAUGAAGCAUCGUCCGUGCCGUUGUUGGUACGGUCGGAUGAUGGCGAUCAUGAUUUUGUAGCGGAUAAUGGAAAUAGUCAAUGCGAUGUUGUGUCUUUCGUCGGUCCUAGGGCAGAGAAUGGCGGUGAGUAUACAGAGCCCACAGAAUUAUCAGCUAUAGAAAAGAAUGAGUAGCUUUACAAUUUAUAUUUUUUAUUAUGUUAGAUAGGUGAUCUAAACAAACAAAGAGAAUGGAAUACGAAAAAAAAAAUUUAAUUUAUUUGUAGCUUUUUCACAUCGAAUUGAUUAAAUUAAUUAAUUUUAUAUUUAAAAGUAAAAAAGGCUGAUAUUUUCAAACAACAAAAAAAAACAAAAAAUAUUGAAAUGAUCCGUUGAUCUUUUACCAAUUUUAAAUGUGCUAAAACAAAUAUAUAAGACCGAGAGUAUGUGUGCGUAGCAGUCGCUCAUUAGGCCACAGUUCGAAGUCUAUGCCACACAAACGAAAAAUGUGUAUUUUACGACCAUUGUUCCUCAGCGGAAGGAAGACGCCAAUAAGAGUGGGCCCAGUGUAUAUCUGCUUCAAAAUGAAGUAAUUUGUGCGAGAUGAACGCAUUU